CUUUUAAAUCUCGAAGUGUUAAUUUUCUGUUUUCAUCUAAUUCAAUUCUCUUCAUUUAACAAAAUGGAACGCAACAGUAACAGUUGUCGAUCGACAACGAUGAUUAUAGUCAUUCUUUCAAUCUUUUUAUCAUGUUCUACAGAGGCUCACUGUAGACCUCGUAGUUUUGGAUAUCCAGUCCCUUCUUCAGCUGCUUUUCAGAAGUCGAUAUCGUAUGGACAGUUCAUGCCUGCUACAGCACCGUCAUCAACAUCAGAAUCGCCAGGGCCGUCAUCGUCUGAAUCCUCUUAUUCUUAUUCGUCAUCAUCCACGUUACCACCAACUUCGUCACCUUCAACGUCUAAUUCUCAGUCAUCUUCAUCAACAUCCCAACAACCAUCGGCUUCUUCCUCCUCCUCAUCCUCCUCAUCCUCAUUUAACUCGAACGCUUCUUCUUCCUAUUCAUCAUCUUACUCCUUCAACUCUUCUUCUAACUCUUCCUCCUCGUCAUCAAAAUCAAACUCACCACAACAACCAUCAUCAUCCUUCUCGUCAUUAAAUUACACACGAUCAUCAUCGUCAAGAUCAGGUCAUCCUUCAACACCACCAUCCACACCCUCGUCUUCCUCGUCAAAGUCGGAAUCAUCUAAUUCUCAAUCAAGUGCAGCUAACUCUCAAGGUGGUACUUCUAAAUCCAAGUCACCAGCAGCUAUACCUCCAUCCUCUGGGUCAGAAUCGUUUAAAUCUCAUUCAAGUACCGCUAAAUCUCAAUCACCACCACCAUCAACCUCCCCGCCCGCCUCCUCAUCAGAGUCAGGGUCGUCUCAUUCUCAUACAAGUAAAGCUAAUUCUCAUUCGGGCACUUCUACGUCUCAAUCGCCACCAACCACGCCCUCUUCAUCCUCUUCGUCCCAGUCAGAUUCGUCCAAAUCUCAAUCGAGUACAAGUAAAUCUCAACCAACACCAUCCACACCCCCGUCUUCCUCAUCGUCAGAGUCGUCCCAGUCCCAGUCAAGUACAUCUACCUCUCAUUCGGGUUCUUCUAAAUCCCAACCCCCAUCAAUCAAGCCUCCUUCGCCUUCUUCAUCAGAGUCAGAGUCAUCUAAAUCUCAUUCGAGUAAAAGUAUAUCUCAACCACCAUCGUCCGCACCUCCAUCUUCCUCCCCAUCAGAGUCAGACUCAUCUCAUUCUCAUACAAGUAAAGGUAACUCUCACUCAGAUAUUUCUAAUUCUCAUUCACCACCAGCUACAUCUCCUUCAUCGGGGUCAGAUUCAUCUCACUCUGGUAUUUUUGAUUCUCAUUCACCACCAACUCCUCCUCCUUCAUCUUCUUCAUCAGAGUCAGACUCAUCUCAUUCUCAUACAAGUAAAGAUAACUCUCACUCUGGUAUUUUUGAUUCUCAUCCACCACCAACUACUCCUCCUUCAUCUUCUUCAUCAGAGUCAGACUCAUCUCAUUCUCAUACAAGUAAAGAUAACUCUCACUCUGGUAUUUCUGAUUCUCAUUCACCACCAACUACUCCUCCUUCAUCUUCUUCAUCCGAGUCAGACUCAUCUGAUUCUCACACAAGUAAAGAUAACUCUCACUCAGGUAUUUCUGAUUCUCAUUCUCCACCAACCACGUCCCCGUCGUCUUCUUCAUCAGAGUCAUCUAAAUUUCAUUCAAGCACAACUAAAUCAAAACCUCCAUCGUCCAUGCCCCCAUCACCCUCUUCGUCAGAAUCAGAGUCUUCCCAGUCUCAAUCAAGCACAUCUACUUCUCACUCGGGUUCUUCUGGAUCUCAGUCAACAUCCACCACGCCCCCCUCACCCUCUUCGUCAGGGUCGUCUAAAUCUCAUUCAGACACACAUAAAUAUCAACCCCCAGUCUCCCCCUCCUCGUCAGAAUCAGACUUGCCUCAUUCCCAUGGAAGUAAAGCUAACUCUCAUUCGGGUACUUCUACGUCUCAGUCGCCACCAACCACGCCUGCGUCAUCUUCUUCGUCGCACUCUGAUUCGUCUAAAUCUCAAUCAAGUGCGACUACAUAUCAACCACCACCAUCCACGCCCCCGUCUUCCUCAUCGUCAGAGUCAGAUUCGUCUCAAUCUCAAUCGAGUGCAUCCACCUCACAUUCUAGUUCUUCUAACUCUCAGUCACCAUCAACCACUCCUUCAUCUUCUUCAUCAGAGUUAGAGUCUUCUAAAUCUCAUUCAAGUAAAAGUAUAUCCCAACCACCACCAUCCACACCCCCAUCUUCCUCCUCAUCAGAGUCAGACUCAUCCCAUUCUCAUACAAGCAAAGAUAACUCUCACUCUGGUACUUAUAUAUCUCAACCACCACCAUCUACGCCUCCAUCUUCCUCCUCAUCAUAUUUAGACUCAUCUCACUUAGGUACUCCUGUAUCUCAUUCACCACCAAACGAAUCCACAUCAUCUUCUUCGUCAGAGUCGUCUAAAUCUCAUUCAAAUACAGACAAUUCUCAAUCACCACCAUCCAUGCCCCCCUCAUCCUCUUCGUCAAAUACGGAAUCAUCUAAAUCUCAUUCAAGUACAUCCAAGUCCCAACCACCACCAUCCACGACCCCGUCAUCUUCUUCGUCAAAGUCAGAGUCGGAAAAAUCUCAUUCAAGUACAAUUAUAUCUAAAUCACCAUCAUCCACACCUCCGUCUUCCUCGUCUUCUUCGUCAGAAUCGGAGUCUUCCCAGUCUCAAUCAAGUACAAGUACGUCCCAGUCAAGUUCUUCUCAAUAUCAAUCAACACCAACCAUUCCCUCCACACCUUCUUCGUCAGAGUCAUCUAAAUCUCAUUCAAGUACAAUUAUAUCUCAACCACCACCUUCAACUCCCACGCCUUCCGCCUCGUCACAAUCAACAGAUUCAUCUCAAUCUCAUACAAGUAAAUCUAACUCUCAGUCAGGUACUUCUGCAUCUCAGUUACCACCACUCACACCCCCGUCGUCCUCUUCGUCAGACUAUGCAUCCUCUCAAUCCCAUUCAGCUUCAACCAAAUAUCCAUCACCAUCCACACCCUCAUCUUCCUCCUCAUCCGAGUCGUCUAAAUCUCCACCAACGCCACCAUCAACAUUUACAUCUCAGUCACCACCAUCGUCGUCAUCUUCGUCCUCAUCAUCAGAAUUUCCAAAAUUUCCUUUAUUCCCAAACAUACCAAAUGUUCCUCACUUGCCUUUCAUUCCUUCGCCUUCAGGCAGCUUAUCGUCCUCCGGAAAAUUUAAUCCAGCACUCCAAAACAUAUGCAGUCAUUGUGAAUUUCCUGAACUUUGUCAAUCUUCUAUUAUGCCAUUCUUUAAUGGUAAUACCGAUGCAUAUGCUAUUCUCGGGAUGUCAAUCAAAGCUUGUACUCAAACCACUCAAAUCGCCAUUGACGUAAGCUUUAAAAUGUCACUAGAUUUUUCUCUUUCUGCUUCAUACUCUUCAUCUUCAUCUUUCUCUUCGUCAUCUGAUGUUCUUGCUAGCAUUAGUGAUUGCAAAAAUAGUUUCAAUAAUGCAAUGAAUAGUCUAGAAGGUGCAUCAAGUUGCAUUGAAAACCGCGAUAUAGAAUCAUUAAAGAAGAUGUUAAAUGCAUACAUAACAUCGGUUGCAAGCUGCAAAGCAGGAUUUGCUUCCAUAUUUGGAUUUGGAAACCAUCCUUGUAUUGGAUACAGUAUAUUGAUGCAUCAACUUGCCAGCAAUUGCUUAGCACUUACCUCAUUGUGCGCCUAAUUAUCAUCCAUGAAUUUACGUGGGUAUUUUAUGUAACACUAGGAUUUUUUUGUAAAAACAAAUGUUGCCAGGAAAGUGGUAAAAAUUGGGGCAGAAAUAUUAUGUCCCAUUUUUUAUAUUUACCCUUUUCAUGAGCUUUUUUUUUCUUUGAUAAUUAAUCGUUGUACUAUACACAUAUUACUAUUAUUAUCUUUUGAUAUAUCCAUUCAGCAUAGUUGUAUGGUUUCAAAGAUGUGCUAGUCUAUAUAACAACGACAUUCUUAUUUCUCCAA